GAGCUGGUAGUUCAAGGGGCUCCUAUUAUGGGGGUGAAGGCGAGAUUGAAUGAGGCCAAGAAGUUGUUAAAGAGGUUCAAUAAAGAAGUAUAUGGGGAUCUGAGUGGUCAGUUGAAGGAUAUGGAAGUUCAGCUUCAUUCGGCGCAAAUAAGUGCCUUGGAUGAUCCUGGUGAACAAGCUUUUAAGGAGGUUGCUACUCUGGAAGCAAAGUUGAUUGAAUUAAAGAAGGUCGAGGAAAGCAUGUACAAACAUAAAUCACGUAUUGACUAGAUUGCUCUGGGGAAUGCAGUACUAGAUUCUUUCAUCUAGCUGUGAAAAUUCGUAAUGCCAAGAAGGCUAUAAGGAAGUUGGUGACUGAAUCUGGUGAGGAAUUCUUUGAUAGUGAAAAAAUUGCAGCUGAAGUAGUACAAUUUUAUUCUUCAUCAUUUGGCAAGGUAGACUCACAAGUGCGCCCAAAUAGAGGUUGAUUGAUGAAGAAAGUGACUUUCUAUGUCUUCCCUUCACUGCUGCUGAUGUGCUAAAUGUGAUUGAAAACAUGGAUCCUCAUAAAGCCCAGGCCCAUAUGGGUUUUCAGCGGGUUUCUACAGGAGAACCUGGUCUAUUAUUGGAGGGGAUGUCACACAUUCAGGGAGACUUCCAGGUAGUGUGAAUUCUGCUGCUAUCACUCUAUUGCCUAAAAUUCCAUCAACAUGUGCUCUUAAGGAUUUCAGGCCUAUCUCUUGCAUUAAUCUCCUUUACAAAGGUUCUCCCUUCGGUUAUUAGUGGUAAUCAAUAUGCAUUUAUUGAGGGUAGGAAAAUUGUUGAAAAUAUUCUUAUGUCCCAAGAAUUGGUUAGUGGAUAUCAUAAAAGACAGUUGUCAUCUCGUUGUGCUAUUAAAGUAGAUUUGAUGAAGGCGUUUGACUCGGUAAAUUGGGAAUAUAUGUUCUUAAUGAUGUCUGUCAUGAGGUUCCCAGUUGGUUUCAUUAGAUGGAUUUCAUUGUGUGUAAAAACAACUCAUUUUAGCAUAUGUGUGAAUGGUGGAUUAUGUGGUUAUUUUGGGGCUAAGAGUGGGGUUAGACAGGGUAUCCCUUGUCACCUUAUCUGUUUACCAUCUCCAUGGAGGGAUUAACUAUUAUUCUUGAUGCUGCUGCUCAAUCUGGUCUGAUCCCCUACCAUCCACAGUGGAAGAGGGUUAAAUUAACACAUCUUAGCUUUACUGACGAUCUUUUAAUCUUCACUGAGGGGUGUGGAAGGGUUAUUGUUGGUGUGCAGAAUCUCCUUCAUGAGUUUUAUGAGUUGUAAGGACUUUAGUGCAACCCUCAAAAGUGUGAGGUAUAUUUUUUUUUGGGGGGGGGGGGGGGGGGGGGGGGGGUUCUAUUGAUUUCAAGCAUCACGCCAUUGCGGUAUCUGGUUUUCAGGAGGGUAAGCUUCCAGUUCGUUAUUUGGGGCUCCCUCCCCUAUAUGGCAAGCUCUCUUCUGAUGAUUGUGACAGGCUGGUGGAAAGAAUCCCUCAGAAAAUUAAAAGCUAGAAGGUCAAAAAACUCAGUUAUGCGGGCAGGUUACAACUUAUCUCCUCUGUUUUUAUGGGUGUACAACAGUACUGGAUGCAAGUAUUCUUAUUGCCCAAAAAGGUGCUUAAGCAGGUGCAUAAUGUGUGUUCUAAUUUCUUAUGGCACGGUGGUGAAGAGGGGCGAGCUAAGGUUGCUUGGGACAGGAUAGCGAGGCAUUGUGAUGAAGGUGGGGUAGGUCUUAAGGAACUGUUUUCCUUGAAUCAGGCUUGUACUACCAGGAUGAUUUGGUUACUGCUUAUGCAAAGCGGGACUAUCUGGGUGGCCUGGAUUACACAGUAUCGGAUCAAAGCAGGUAGUAUUUGGACAAUAGGAUCCACAUCUAGUAGUUCUUUGGCUUAGAGACGUAUUCUUAAAGUUCGUUCAGAGGUUCAAGGGCACUUCUCAGGACAGGGACCUUCGUUAUGCUGUGAUGGCUCUCCUAUGCAAAGAUAUUCUGUUGGUUUGGUGUGGGAUUCUAUUAGGAUGAGGUGGCCAAAAGUGGAUUGGAAUAAGUUGAUAUGGGGAAAAAGGUUUCUGCCUAGACCUAGUUUCCUAGCUUGAUUAAUUCUCCAGGAUAGUAUUGUCACGAGGGAUAAAUUGAUAAAAUGGGGAAAGCAGGUUGAUAAUGCCUGUGUUAUGUGUUGCAGCCUGCCUGAAUCACGAGUACAUCUAUUUUUUCAAAGUUCUUUCUCCCAGGAGCUGCGGGUUUCUCUCCAUUGUGAGGAUUGGUUUAGCAGUGGUGAUUGGUCUAGCACCUUAUCAGCAGCAUGCCAACUAAGUCGAAAGAACACAUAUGCAGGACGAAUGGAGGGAUGGCUAUGGUGUUUAUGUGAUGCAAAUGUCUGGAAGGAGCGUUGUAAACAGAUACAUGGGGAUGCUAGUCGAAGUGUAGCAAUGAUGGGCAACUUGAUUCUGCAAGAUUUGCAGUUUAUGAGUGUGUUUAACUGCAAUGUGAAGAGUGAUAUGCAGGUGUUAGGAGUUGGUCGCUAAAAUUGUUAGUGGUGUCGUAGUGUUGUGGUGAAUGAGAGGGUUCUGUCCCCUCAUUUUGCUUUACUUAGGAUUUUUCACACUUCGUUGUAUCAGACUCUUUCUAUUUUUUUUUUGUUAAGGAGAAUAACUGAUUCAACGGAAAAAAAUGAAUGUUAGUAAAAGUU